AACCUUAGCUUCGAGCAUCAAACUAGUACCUCUGUUACUCAACCCAAAACAAAAAAAAAAAAAAAAGACAAAAACCUAGUACCCCUGUAAACUCUUAUUUAACUCAAUUAGCCUAAAACACAAAGACUUUUUCUUAAGUACUGUGGAAAAAGAAAACCCCCCAAAAAAAAAGCAAGCAAACGCAGUUACAUAGCGUUUCUGCUACUCAGAAAAGAAGUUCAAAGAACUAGCUGGAGUCCAGACGAAUUCUAUCAUGAAUUUGGGGUUUUCUUGCUGUCAUUGAUUUGUUUUGUGAGCUGCUUGUAAGGAUGUCAAGACCCAUGUUGCUUGUUUUCCUGUUGCUUGUACUCAUAAUCACUUCUCAGUUUGAAUGGAAACAACAGCUUGUGAUUGACCUUGACUCAACUCCGAGCAUCUCACAGAAGCAGCACCAAAUUUCAAAGCGGGAAGAAGUUGUAAAAGAGAAGAUCAUUUUAUCACAAGAGAAGAGCAUUCAGAGACUUAAUGAACUUGUACGUAGUCUCCGAGAACAAUUGCAGCGGUGUAGAGACAAUAAUGAGACUACAAAUGACAAUGCAAGCCCUUUGACUGAACAUGUUAUUGAGCUUGAACGACAGCAGAUUCUGGGAAACUAGGCUGGGACCAUGCAAGUUCCUGUUGGUAAUGCUCAAAUUGUAAAAAUUCACCCAGGUUUCAGUUUGGUGCAAGUUCCACAUCUUCAUAUUCAUGAUGUUAAAGGUCCAUUUGCCCUUCGAUCUUCAUUCAUGUGAAGAUGCCAUUAAUAUUUAAGGGUCACUAUGGAUCACUAUAAUGGUAAUUAUUAUAAAUUGAAAAUCAUUAAUAGUUGUACACCGUAUUAAAUGUAAAGUUAUUAAAAGCUACAAUGCCAUUGGAGCAAGCUAUGAACGGAUGCAAACAAUACUGUAGAGAAUGUACACCGUACUGUUGUCAGCGGAAUUUUCGUUUGCAAAUGGUAACAAGCUGCAAAUUGUGCAAUUAA